UCGCGCUGUAAUUGUUCUGCGCAGGGUGUUUACAUUGGCGAAACGUAAACAACAUGGCUGCGCCCUUGAGUUUCGAAGAACUCAGUGGGUUGUCGCAUAUAAUUCCCGCAUUUUGACACAUUUACGCUUCCAUGUCAACAAUCUGAUUCUGUUCUUCUAGUUGUAAGAUAGUUGGUUCUUCCACGAUGUGUGCAGAGCGUAGUUACGCCCGGAGCAUUUCGCUGCCGCCCGACGAAGUCUUUCGCAACUUGCGAAACGCCAAGAGAUUUGCGAUGGACAUAGGUGGGUCCCUCGCUAAGUUGGCGUACUACUCGACAGUGGAGCGAAGCCGAGCGUAUGUAAGUGCCAGCAGUGGUGGGGAUGAUGGUGACGGGCAGGUAUAACAAACAAGAUGACCACCACUUGUACGAGAUCCAGGAGCAGAACGAGCUGGGAGCGCGGAUCCACUUCGUGAAGUUCGAGAUGACGUAUUUUGAGAAGUGUCUGGACUUCAUCAAGGAGAACCUGGUGUCAAGUCACGGGGAGAUGAUGGGGAAAGUGGUGAAGGCCACGGGAGGGGGGUCGCACAAGUACACCAACCUCAUCAGGGACAAGCUGGGAUUAGAGUGUGACAAGGAAGAUGAGAUGCAAUGCCUCAUACAGGGGUGCAUCUUUGUCCUGAGGAACAUCACAAACGAGGCGUUUGAAUACCAGCGCCACAGCCCACAGCCAUACAAGUUCCAGACCAUGGAUGCAGACCUCUUCCCCUUUCUACUGGUCAACAUUGGGUCAGGGGUCAGCAUUGUCAAGGUGGAGUCACAUGACAAGUAUGAGAGAAUAGGUGGCAGUUCUAUAGGAGGAGGCAGUUUCCUUGGACUGGGCUGUAAACUUACUAAGGCUAAGAAUUUUGAUGAGCUUCUCCAGCUGGCCAGCCAGGGAGACCACAGAAAUGUGGACAUGUUGGUGAGGGAUAUCUACGGAGGAGCCUACUCUGCUCUGGGUCUACCCGGAGAACUCAUUGCCUCCAGCUUCGGCAAGAUGGUGUCUGCUAAGGACGGUGAAGGACAAGAGUUUGAGGAGCAGGACAUCGCCAAGAGCCUGCUGCACACCAUCAGUAACGACAUCGGCCAGAUCUCCUGCCUGUACGCACAGCUACAUGGGCUGAGGAAGAUAUACUUCGGGGGGUUCUUCAUCCGCGGCCACCCAGUCACCAUGCACACCAUCACAUAUGCUAUCAACUUUUGGUCCAGGGGUACUUUACAGGCCUUGUUCUUGAGACAUGAGGGCUACCUGGGAGCCAUAGGUGCUUUUCUCAAGGGGGCAGAAGAAGAUGACUCAGAGAAGUACUGUUGGGGAGAGAACUAUGCAGGCAGCUCAGGACUCCACAGCACGUCCCCUCCUCCUGACUUUAUUCCAAGGGACAGGACAGCAUCGUUUGACAGGUUUGAACUUGACCGUCUGGAGCGACCUCUCGUGUCCCUACCAGCCCUGUUGGACCCACCCAGUUACUUUCCUGACACAGUCGACCUCACUGAGGACCCAGAUGCCAGGAAGUACUGGCUGGACUGCUUCGAGGAGGCCCUUGGCAAGGUAGCAGCCAGAGCUGUAGCCAGCCAGCCUAGCAGGGAUGAUGCUGAGAUGAGGGCUCAACAGUUCAUGGCCAAAUACAACAAGCGGCUGGAGACCCUGAGGGAACAUCCCUUUGCCUAUGGGUCCUUGACUGUGAGAAGCCUUCUGGACACACGUGAGCAGUGUCUGAAUGAAUUUCAUUUUGCAGAUCCAUACCAGCAUAUCAAACAGCAAGAGAACGAGGCUGCCCUGCGCAUCCUUCCUGAGCGCCUGCAGCAUCUGGACAGCCUGGAAUUUCGGGCGCGACAGGUGGCCCUGGCAGAGGGCCUUCUAGCGGGAAAUGUGUUUGACUGGGGGGCUAAAGCAAUCACCAGAUUGAUGGAAGGGGAUGACAGUUUUGGCUUUGAAGAGGCCAUGUCAAAGUUGCAAGCUCGUCCCUGGCUUGUAGAUGACUUGGACCCAUGGCUGGAGAGAUUACAGGACCAUCCCCACAAGUGUGCCCUCAUAUUUGCUGACAACAGCGGACUGGACAUCAUCCUUGGGGUGUUUCCUUUUGCACGGGAGAUGGUGCUGAGAGGAACACAGGUCAUCCUUUGUGCUAACUCCAAGCCAGCCUUGAAUGAUGUGACUUAUGGGGAACUGAAAAUCCUUGCAAAGAAGGUGGCAGAAUUAUGCCCCACAAUAAGAACUGCACUGUCAGAGGGGCAUUUGAAAGUCAUGGCAUCAGGUGCCGCCUCACCUUGUCUAGACCUGAGCCGUAUAGAUGAGAUGCUAUCCCAGGAGUGCCAGAGAAGAGGAGUAGACCUGGUAGUGUUAGAGGGGAUGGGACGUGCCAUUCACACUAACUACCAUGCUGCCUUCUCCUGCGAGUCUCUCAAACUGGCUGUGCUCAAGAACAAGUGGUUGGCUAACAGAUUAGGUGGGGAUGUCUUCAGUGUGAUCUUCAAGUACACGAAAGGGUCAAAGGUUGAGGGCAAGACCCCAAGCAAGAAUGAUAUAGGUACCCAACAGCCGAGGAAGAGUCCUGAGACAGACAGGUGACAUCGUCACCAAUCAUGACAUGUCUGACUCGUAAGGUGCAAUAUGGAGUACACAGAAUCGUAGGGACUGCUGGAUCUGGGAAGAGAGGCUAGGGCCAACAGUGCUAUCCAGGCUAAAUAAAGGUUAUUGAUUGAUCGCUUGGGCA